ACCCACAAUGCACCCACACGAGUUUAACUAAAUCCUUCUUUUAGAUUUUCUACUUGAACUUACCAAAGCAUCGACACAGGACGUUCAUCUCUACUUUUCCGGACUCAUACGCCAUUUAUUAAAUGUUUGCGUCCGAAUAAACUCGUCACGGUGCUCGUUGACGCAUCUCGAGCUAGCUUAUCUUAGCUCGCUAGCCGCUAACGAGUGGGGGGGGGGGGGGUCACGUGCUAGUUAGCAUUAGCAGAGCUCAAGUGCAAAGUGUUGGCAUCGCCGCGCGAAAAUGUGCGCGAGAACGACCGCAAGGGACGCGGAGAAACUUUGCGGAAUAGAAAGAGGAGAAGAAGCGACGACGCCAACUGCUGGACGCGGUUUGCAAGCAGCCUCGACUUGUGCUACGCAGAGCAGACGUGAGUGAGUAUCUUCGUCCUGGGCAGCGCGAGGCCGAGUUAACCCACGUCAAAGAGGAGGAGGGGCCAGAGCCUCUUCACAUGAAACAAGAGGCGCUGGAGACCACUCAUAUUAAAGAGGAAGAGGAAUCCGAGCCCCCUUACAUUAAAGAAGAAGAGCAGGAGGGCGAAAUCACCAAAUUUCCGUUGACCGGUGUCAAUGUGAAGCGUGAAGAAGAUAAUGGGGAGCACUGUGGAGGAUCACAAGCGCACGACCUAUCAGCUUGUGAUGACACAACAUCACACUCUUCUGACUAUGAUGAUGAUGAAGAACAACACCCUCAUGGUGAUAAGAAAUGUCACACUCGCAAGAAAUGUCUUAAAUGUUCUCACUGUGACAGAACGUUUUGCAACAAGUCAUCGUUGACAACGCACGCGAGAUCACACACUGGAGAAAAACCUUUUGCCUGUUCAGUUUGUGAUCGAAGAUUCUCUUUAAAUACAAAUUUAACAAGACACGCAAAAAUACACACUGGAGAUAAACCAUUUGCUUGCUCACUUUGUGGCAGAAGAUUCGCUCAGAAGACCACUUUAACAAGACACACGAGAAGACACAAUGGAGAGAAACCUUUUACCUGCUCAGUUUGCGGUAAAGGAUGCGCUCACAAAGAAGAUUUAAUAAUUCACACAAGAACACACACGGGAGAAAAACCUUUUUCCUGCUCAGUUUGUGGGAAAAGGUUUUCUUGCAAGUACAAUUUAAGCAUUCACACAAGAACGCACACGGGAGAAAAAACGUUUUCCUGCUUGGUUUGUGGGAAAAAGUUUUCUUGCAAGUACAAUUUAAGAAUUCACACGAGAAAGCACACGGGAGAAAAACCGUAUGCCUGCUCCGUUUGUGGUAAAAGAUUCACAACAAAGUCGCAUUUAACAAGACACGCAAAAACACACACUGGAGAUAAACCAUUUGCUUGCUCCAUAUGUGGCAGAAGAUUCACUCAGAAGGUAGAUUUAACAAGACACACGAGAACACACACCGGCGAGAAACCUUUUCCCUGCUCGGUUUGUGGUAAAAGAUUCUCUCAGAAUAAUUUAAUGCACUUCAGAACACACACAGGAGAAAAACCUUAUGCCUGCUCAGUUUGUGGUAAAAGCUUUGCUUCAAGGCGACAAUUAACAAGACACACGAGAUCGCACACUGGAGAAAAACCUUUUCCGUGCUCGGUUUGCGGUAGACGAUUCAGUAAUAAGGAUGAUUUAAAAGGACACACAAGAAGACACUCUAGUGAGAAACCAUUUGCUUGCCCGGUAUGCGGGAAAACGUUUUACAGAAAGUCCGAUUUAAAAACGCACACAAGAACACACACAGGAGAAAAGCCUUUUGCCUGCUCAGUUUGUGGGAAAAGAUUCACUGUCAAGGCACAUUUAAAAAGACACACAAGAACACACACCGGCGAAAAGCCCUUUGCCUGCUCAGUUUGUGGGAAAAGAUUCACUUUAAAGGCACAUUUAACAAAACACAGCAACACACACGGGGCAGAAAACAUUCAGUUGCGGUGUGUGAGAUAAAACGUUCCCUCGUGUGGGUCGGCAUAUGAGACACAAGUGUGCUGGUGAGGAGCGCAGCGGAUCAGGGAAGGGAAUCGCUAACUCAUUUCAUACUCCCCCAUCACUGUAUCGCAAUUUUUAGAUACAAAUUUCGAUUUUUUUAAAUUUUUUAAUUUUUUUCGACGUUUGACUAAACUUGAAGCAAUUCCAAAAGCUGAAGCGUUGGGAAACGGAAAAGUUGUCGCGACGACGCCCGAUGGCGCCAUAAAACUGACUGCAAGUCUCCUCUCAGCGGCGCAGCGUGGUUGACGGAUGACUGUUGACCGAUGGAACAUGUUCACCGCCCCAGUGGUGGUUAGGGACACUGCCUGCGGACAUGAACAUGACAUCGAAACCCCGCGUUUGUAACAAACCUUCAGGAAUGUUCUAAAUGAUGCCUCUGCGAUUGCGUUUUUACAGGUUGGCUCCUGAAUUUGUUCCUUCCGAACGUGCCGCUUGUGUGUGAUGAUCAACCUGUAAAAACUGAUAGUGCCAAGAACACUCGCUUAGCGCCUGCGCGAGAGUGAUAACAAUCGUUUGUUGUUAUAUUCCUUUCCAAAGCGUGGCAGAGUACAAAGUUGGAAGUAUUUUGGAUUGAUGCAUGAUUUUUAAACCCAUUCCUGUGACCCAAAUUGUAUAAUUGAAGAAUUGAAAUGAUUUUCUUUUUUUGUGGUAGAGUCCCUCUGUAUGUUAACCCAUAGUUUUCGAUGUAAUU